AUGUCGCAGAAGCUCAAGGUUGCCGUCUCUCAGGCCAGGACACGAGACACCCUCCAGCAGACCCUCGAGGCUCUCGAGAGGAUCACCCGUGUUGCGGCAUCCCGCGGCGCGAGAAUCAUUCUCUUCCCAGAGGGUUACCUGGGCGGAUACCCGCGAACAUGCACCUGGGGAGCGGCAAUGGGAGGCCGCGAUGACAGCGGUCGCGAGCAGUAUUUACAUUACUACCAGGCAGCCGUUGACAUGGGAGAUACGCCUGCUGGGGCGGGAGACGAUUGGGUCUCCAGACGACUGCCCAUCGCCGAAGGGAAGAAUUAUCGGGGUGACGGAACUAGAGAGGUCCUAGAACGCAUUGCUCGGGAGACGGAUAUGCUGAUCAUCGUCGGCUUGAUUGAAAGAUGUGCCGGAAGUUUGUACUGUGCCGUUGUAUACGUCGAUCCCAAGCGUGGGGUUUUGGGCAAGAGAAGAAAGGUUAUGCCGACCGGCACGGAGCGUCUCGUCUGGGCCCAGGGAUCCGCUUCGACCUUAAAAGCUGUAACCACCGAAGUCGAUGGCGUCAAGCUGACCCUCGCGGCUGCAAUCUGUUGGGAGAACUACAUGCCCUUACUCCGCCAAAGUCUCUACCAGCAAAAUGUCAAUUUAUAUCUUGCCCCAACCGCCGACGGUCGCGAUACAUGGCUCCCGCUCAUGCAGACAGUAGCAUUUGAAGGGAGAGCCGUUGUCUUAACUUGCAACCAAUGCGUUAGGAAGAGCCAGCUACCCAGCUGGGUAAAAGGUGACGAUAACGCCCAGAAGGACAGCAGCGAUCCCGAUCCUAUCCUCACGGGCGGUGGGUCCUGCAUCAUAAGCCCGAUGGGGAAGGUUCUCGCCGGUCCCGUUUGGAACGUCGAUGAUGAUGAUGAAGAGGGAUUGCAGAUAUCUGAGGCUGAUUUCGAGGAUUGUGUAAGGGGAAGAUUAGAUUUGGAUGUUGCUGGGAGCUAUUCGCGCAACGAUGCGUUCAAGUUGACUGUUGAAGGACUCGAUUUGAGUCCUCCUCCGAUCUAA